AUGGUUCGAAUUCCACGCGACGACGCGCCUUUAGAAGCAAACCGCUUAGAUGUAUCUGAUGCCGAUGAUGAGAGAGGGCGACUACUAUCUGGAAAUGAUGAAGCAGCCGAAGAGAGCCAUGCGGACGCAGAGCGACUUGAGAACUGGCAUACAGAGCAUAAGCGUCGAGAGACCCGACGAUGGAGCUACCUUGUCAUGGUAAUAAGCACAGUUGCAUUGAUCACAGUUCUCGCUAUUUGGGUUCACAACAACACACUGUCAUCGGGAUGUGAAUAUGACGGAAGCUGCAAUGACAUUUCCAAGCUAUGGGGACAAUAUUCUUCCUUCUUCUCUGUUCCAUCAGAGAUUGAUUCGUCAACACCGGAUGAUUGCGAGGUUACCAUAGGAAUUGCCCUGUCUCGUCAUGGAGCUCGAUACCCAACCGCCAGCAAGACUACAGCAUACGGCGCCACCAUUGCCCGCCUACAGAAAUCAGUAACCAAUUAUGGCAAGGGCUACGAAUGGCUCAAGGACUACGAAUACAACCUCGGAUCUGAGGAUCUGACCGAUUUUGGUCAAGACCAGAUGAUUUAUUCGGGAAAAGCUUUUUAUGAGCGAUACAUCGGACUCGCUGAAAAGACGGAGCCUUUCAUCAGGGCAUCAGGAUCCGACAGAGUUAUCAUGUCCUCUCACAACUUCACACAAGGGUUCUAUGCCUCUCGAGGAGAGUCUGGAGAUGACUACACCGAUGGCAUUCUUGUAAUUCCUGAGGAGCCCGGUAUCAACAACACACUGUCACAUGGAACAUGUAGCUCGUUCGAGGACAACGAUGAGAUAGGCGAUAACAGUGCGCAGACCGCCUGGGGAAACAAAUUCCUGCCUCCUCUUCGGGAUAGACUGAACAGGAAUCUGCACAAAGCCAAACUGUCGUUACAGGAAACGAUCUAUCUCAUGGAUCUGUGCCCUUUCAACACAGUCAACACUCCCGAUGGUGUGGGACAAUCCCGUUUCUGCGACAUGUUCUCCACAGAAGAUUGGCGAAGCUACGAUUACUACAUGACUCUGGGCAAAUACUACGAAUAUGGUAAUGGCAACGCAAUGGGACCGACACAGGGAGUAGGAUACGUCAACGAACUUGUUUCGCGAUUGACGAGGAAGCCUGUUGAUGACCACACCACAACCAAUCGCACGUUGGACGCCAAUCCAGAUACAUUUCCCCUGGACAGGGCGCUAUAUGCAGACUUUAGCCACGACAACACUAUGGUGUCUAUUUUCUCAGCAAUGGGCCUGUACAACUCGACAAGCAAGCUGCCGAAACACCACAUCGUGCCAGCUAUCCGAGCACAUGGCUACUCAUCGGCAUGGGUAGUCCCCUUUGCUGCACGGAUGUAUGUAGAGAAGCUCGAGUGUGGUGCUACAAAUGAAGAGAAGGGAGAAGAAUACGUGAGGGUGUUGAUAAAUGAUAGAGUUAUGGAAAUGGAGACCUGUGGAGGAGAUGAGUAUGGACGGUGUAAGCUGGAAGAUUUUGUGGAGAGCUUGUCGUUUGCGAGGCAGGGAGGGCAUUGGAACAAAUGUGGUAUCAAGGGAUGA